AUGCUGGAUCUGAACAGCAGUGCGGCUUCAACUCAAAGGGAAGGAGGGACACUCUGUCGGAGAGCCCUCGCUGCUGAGGGGGAUCACGGUGCUAAGGAGAUCGUGGAACAAUUGGAGAGACCGCUGGUGGCUGCCCGAGGUGGUGGUGCUGGAACUAUGGAAGACGAGUCUCCAGAGAGCCAGUCUGAAGUGUCGGCUCUGAAACAGCACAGAAUCGAUGGUUCAGGGCUUGAGGUAACUGAGAUUUUGAAACCUCAGUGUCCUCUUAAUAAGAGCAUCUCAGCGGCAGGCCAGUGGAAAAACGAGCAGGAGCACUGCUUGAUCGUGCCAUGUGGUUUUAUGCCAGAGCGAAUGGGCUGUUUUCAGGAGAGCCUGUUGUGCAUUACCAUCAGCCACAUGGGCGCUCUUCUGCUCGGAUUCGGGAUGACCACCCCUGUGACAGUAGCUGGAAAGGUUUUCUUGAUCUUCUACGGUCUGUUGGGUUGUGCGGCCACCAUCCUGUUCUUCAACCUCUUUCUGGAGCGCAUCAUUACCCUGCUGGCCGUGGUGAUGAAAGCCGUGCGUCUGCGGCGUCUACGGACCAGCGGCCUCCUCCCGCCGGGGAUCUGCCAGGACUUCGCGGCGAGUACGUUGCCCGGUUGGAAACCCUCGGUGUACCACGUGAUGCUCAUUCUGGGUUUGUCGGCCAUCGUGAUCUCCUGCUGCGCGUCGGCCAUGUACACUCCAGUCGAAGGCUGGGCGUAUCUGGACUCGCUGUAUUUUUGCUUCGUCACCUUCAGCACCAUUGGUUUCGGAGAUUUGGUGAGCAGCCAAAACGCUGCGUACGGCUACCAAGGACUUUACCGUUUGGCCAACUUCCUCUUCAUCUUGACUGGAGUAUGUUGCAUCUACUCGCUCUUCAACGUCAUCUCCAUCGUCAUCAAGCAGGUCCUCAAUUGGAUGUUGGAGAAAAUGAGCUGCAUGUGUUGCCAGCGCUGCAACAAAGCCAAUGCUUUCUUGGGACGCCGCAACGCCAUCAGGCCCGGCUCGCGCCUCAGACGCGGACGCUUCGGCCGAACGCCAGACUCGGACAGGCCUUGCGAUAGUGACACUGAAGGACGCAGGCUCUCGGGCGAGAUGAUCUCCAUGCGGGACUUGACAGGAUCCAAUAAAAUCUCGCUGGCCAUCAUGCAGAAACAGCUGUCGGAGUCAGCGAAUGGAUAUCCCAGAACGGUGUGCGGAAGCUCACGGCAGAACGGUUUUUCCGGCGGCGUCGGUGCUUUGGGCAUCAUGAACAACCGAUUAGCAGAAACCAGUGACUCUAGGUAG